CGGGACGGGGGCGUCUCGGGCAGAGACCCCCGGGCUGGGGGCAGCUGAGGCGGCCGGGCCUCCUCUCUGCUCGGCCCGCCUGCCGCCUUUCCUCCUGUCUUUCGUCUCUGGCGGCCCCGCCGCGGCUGUGGGACCCCCCCCCCCCCCCGGGGUGGUCUGCUCGCUCCGGACGUGGGACGCCCCGUUUCCUGAGGCGUGGAGAAGCGUCGCCCCCGAGUAAGCCGCCCGUGCCCGCCCCGGAGCCGCCCCGCGCCCCCGGCCCCGGAGACCCCCCUCAGACCCGCUGCGCGCCGUCAGGUGGCCUCCCAUGGCCCGCCGGGGUGCCCCCGCCAGCCUCUGAGGCCCUGACCCCCCAAUGUCACCUCCGGCCGCCUGGGUCUCAGCCCAGCCAGAAACCUUAAUGCAAAGGAAAAGCCUGGAUUGGUUCCACAGGCCUUUUAAAAAGCGGACUUAA